UUUUCUUACUUACUUUCUACUCUAUAUUAUCAGGUUUUAUUGACUAUGAAUAAUCCUUCCACAAAACCAAACAACUUGUCAAAACCCUUCGACUUGACUCUUAUAAAAGAUAAUCCACAAAUGCAACAAUUAUUCUUAUUGGCUUUAUCUGCAUCAAAACAACAAAGUUCUUCAACAUCUCAAGUAACUCAAGAUAAAGAUAAACGCAAAUUUGAUCAAGUUGAAUCACUAGUAACUUCAGUUGAUAUUGGUUCACCCUCAGAUCAAGACUCCCUUAGUAGUGAUACAAAUUCUGACAAAAUGAAUGGUCGACCAGGAAGAAAGCCUCUUACAGAUGAUCAACUCAAACAGUCUGAAAUGGAUCCGAAAUCAAAACGAAAGGCACAAAAUCGGGCAGCACAACGAGCUUUUCGAGAACGUCGAGUUAACUAUGUCAAGGAAUUGGAAGAUCGUAUCAAAGUAUUAGAAGAAAAUCAAGAACAAUCAUCUGAAAAAGUGUUGGAAGAAAAUCGAAAACUCAAGCAAAUCAUACAACAACUUCAGUUGGAGAAUGCUAUCCUUAGUGGUACAGCUUCAUCAUUUGAUAUACCAUUAUCCCAAUUGACAGAUGAUAAUGGUAACGACUCAACACAGAGACCACAAAAACUAUUACGAUCUAUUGGGGAUGAUACCUCAGCAACACUAUUUUCAGCAAUUACUACACAAGAUUCAUCUGAAAAAUCAUUAUCAUUUGCUCCACAUCAUUCGUUGACCAGUGAUUCUUCAACCAAAAGUUCCUCUCUUACACCAUCUAUCACUCAUGAUAACGAUACUACUUUCAUCUCAUCCAGCAUUCCCACUGAUAUCCUCAACUCAUUCGACACUACCCAACAGCUAUUUAAUCCAUUCAAUUUAGAUUCUACUGCGGUCAAUCAAGGACUCUUUGAUACCAUUCCUACUGAUACAACACUGAUAUCAUCAUCCAUAUCAUCAUCAUCGUCACCUUCAUCAUCAUCAUCAUCGUCAUCACCGGCAACAGUAACACAUACAAAUAUCAACAAAGCGGAGGAAUCUACUACAAACGAUUUAUUAGAUCAACUAUUAGUGAUGGAUGACGAAACCGAAUCUCCAUUGUCCACCAGCAACAAUCAAAUCCAACAGCAACAAGAACAACCACCAAUUGAAAAAGCAUCCUCUUUGACUCAAGUGUGGGACAAACUUGCGCAGCAUCCUCGAUUUGAUGAAAUUGAUAUUGAUACGCUUUGUAGUGAAAUGAAGAAAAAGGCUUGUUGUACAGAUGAAUCCCAUUAUGAAAAACUGAAGAAAACUAUCGAAUCAUCUUAUGUAAAUGGUGGUUCCUCCCAUAUCAUAUAAGCUGGUCAAGUAUCUUAUUGGUAUCUUUGUCUUUCCUUUCUAUUUGUAUAUUUUUUUUCUUUUCCCCUUUAGUCAUAGUAUGAUUUUUUUUUUAUAUAAAUAUUUUAUUUUGUAUAGUGA